AUUGUUUAUAAACAGUCAUAAAGGUCAUUGCACGUGAAAGAAAAAAUUUAGUUGUAACUGUAAAAAAAUCGGAAGAGCAAUUCAACCAAUUGGAGGACGGUAUUAGCUUUUACAUCAGUCAGAAUGCUGGACUGUGAUUGGUUGGUUUGCUUACAAAAGUUACGAUCUCAACGAUUACAACUAAACUUUUGUCACGUGCAAUAGUUUACAGUGUGUCAGAGUACACGUGUGUCAUUGUUUUGCGGAUAUCAUGGAUACCGUCAAAGAUGCCGAAUCCGAGGAUACGUUGAAAAAUACCUCGGAAAAGUGCGUUGACAAGACAAAUUCUGAGGAGGUUAGGCUCGGUCAUCAGGAACUGGUAAAGUUGACGAAAACAGGUAUAGCCGAUCUUAUUGAAAAUGAUCCACUGCUCUCCGGAUUACCUGCUGAUAUCACGAUAGAAGAGCUCAAGUCACAGAUUGCGGUUGCACAGGGACAAGCUAUAACAUUAUUUCUAAAUCGUGGAGAACUUCCAAGACUUGCAGUAGUGGUUCCCACCCACAAUACAACAGUUCUCGAUUUAAAGAAGUCUAUAAAACGUCACGUGAUCUUGUCUUUGAAAAGAGAAAAUGUUAACAAGAAGAUUAGUUGGAAACAUAUUUGGAAAAAGUAUUGUCUUCACUUUGAAGAUGUCAGACUUGACAAGGAUAAUAAAAACAUCAGAGCUUAUGGCAUCACCAAUAAAGCUGAAUUACAUUUUGUAAAGAGACGCAGAGAAAAAAAUAAAAGCAUGUCAACCAAGUACACACAAUCUUAACAAUGAGAAAUUUCUUAAAUUCCAUACAGUAUAAAUUUUAUUAAUUUUUAUUAUAAAUUUUCUAUGCUACUUUUAAUUCGUACUUGUUGUUUUUUAUAGUUUACUCUCAUUGACAAGUCUGUGAUACUCUUGUUUUUUUCUUUUAACUUUUUA